AUGGUGUUCGAGAGCCUCGUCACGGACCUCCUUAAUCGAUUUCUCGGCGAGUAUGUGGAGAAUUUGGACACGAAGCAGCUGAAAAUCGGAAUAUGGGGCGGUGACGUAGUUCUGAAUAAUCUGAAGCUGAAGGAAAAUGCACUGGAGGAAUUGGAUUUACCUAUACAAGUGCCUUAUGGUUACUUAGGAAAGCUGACUCUGAAGAUUCCCUGGAAGAAUCUCUACACGGCUCCUGUUGAAGCUUGCAUCGAGGACUUGUACAUAUUCGCCAAGCCGACAAAGGCUGUGCCGUAUAAUGUUGAGAAGGAAGAGAAAGCUUUGCUGGAGGCGAAGAAGGCAGAGCUGAAGAGGAUUCAGGAUGCUAAGGCGAAUCGCGAGGCGGCUGAUAAGUUAAAAGCUGACAAGAGCUUCACUGAGAAACUCGUGAUGCAAAUAGUGAAUAAUUUGCAAAUUCGCAUUUCCAACAUUCACAUUCGCUAUGAGGAUCACUCAGUUGGUGGCCAGAGAUUCGCUUUUGGUAUCACACUGAAGAGCUUCUCAGUGAAUACGACAGAUGAGAAUUGGAGCAAGAGUUACCUCAAGGAAGUGGUUUCAAAGGUGUUCAAGAUGGCAGAGCUGGAGGGACUCGCGGUGUAUUUCAACUGUGGCAGUGAGACUUUCGAUGGCGUCGAUGAUGUUGGGCUGAAGGAGAAAUUCCAGCGCACAAUUGCAACGAAGGCAAUCCAACCGGAGGAAUUUAAGUAUAUUUUCGGUCCAAUAAGUUCCAAUGCGAGAUUGAAGUUGAAUAUGGCACCAGAAGAGGAUAAGCCAAAGUUCUCAAUUCCCAAAGUUGAGGUCUUCCUCAGUCUGCAGCAGUUCACGGUGGGGAUUUCUAAGAGUCAGUACCAGAACGCGAUUGAAUUGGCGGAGUCUUUGGACAGGAGCAUGAAGGGAGCGCCAUUUAGGAAGUUCAGGCCAUUUGAUACUCCUAUAAAAGGCAAUGCAAAGGUGUGGUGGCAUUUUGCGUACAACUGCAUUGUAGAAACGUAUAUUCAGAGACGGAAGAGGGAUUGGCUCUGGGAGAAUAUGAGAGAUCAUUGUGUGAGAUGCCGAGAGUACUCAGACACGUACAAAUGUCGGAAGAUGGCUAAGAAACCAGACGCGCAGACUGUGGAAAAGUGUGAGAAGCUGGAGGAGAAAAUUGACCUCUUCAAUUUGAUGAGAAUUCAAGAGGUUGUGGAUAUAGAAGUGGCCAAGAUUGUUAAAGUUCAGGAGCCUCCGGCCAAGUCUUCCUGGUUUGGUUCGUGGUUUGGUGGCGGAGCGAAGCAAGAAGAAAAGGAGAAGAGUUCAGCUAUUCUAAAUCAGUUCAACGCUGCAAUGACCAAUGAAGAGAAGGCAAAAUUGUACAAUGCGAUUGGAUACAGUGAAAAUGCCAUGCCGACUGAACUGCCGGAGGAUUAUGUAGCCAUGCGUCUUCAUUUUGAGAUGAACACUCUCGAAGUGGCCAUUAUGAAUGAUCAGAGUGAAAAGUGUGACAGCAAGAGAUCGAGAAUUUUGAUGUUGCAACUCAGGGAAGUGCACUGCAAGAUUGAUCAGCGACCAGCAGCUUCAGCAAUCAAGUUGAAGAUGGAUUUAAAAACAUUCUCUGUGUUUGGCGUGCAACAGGGCGACGCGACACCAAACAUUAUCAAGUCAAAGUGUGAAGAAGAAGGUAAUCAACUGUCGUUGGACUUUGAAACUAAUCCUCUGGAUCAUAAGUGCGAUCAGAGGAUAAAAUUGCGGACAAAACCGCUGAAGAUCACGUACGACGGUGAAACUAUUCUACAGUUGCUGGACGUGUUCAAGCCGCCAAAAGAUAUGAACAUUUCCCAGAUUCAGGAUGCAGCAUCUGACAAGUUGAGCAACGUUAAGGAGAGAUCAGCCACAGGGCUUGAAUACAUGAUUGAGACACAUACAAGGCUAGAUAUUGAUAUUGUCUUUAUGCCAGUGUAUCUCAUUGUGCCCUACAAAGGGGUUUAUCUGAAGGACAAGCACUCAGCUUUGAUUGUGAGUUUGGGAACUGUGACUCUCCUGUCGGCGCCUCGUGCGCUGGACACUAAAGAUGUACGAUCAAUGUUCCAAAGUGGGAUUAAGAUGGAGGAUAUCCUGCAAGAGAUGAUGGAGCAGAGCUAUGAUGUCUUCAAUUUGAAAAUUGAGAAUCUGCAGGUUCUUUUUGUUGAGCCGAGAGACAACUGGCGAGACGUUUUAUUGAGCGGUGAGAGAACGGAUAUGCACUUUGUGGAACCUACAAACUUAACUCUCUCUGCCCAUUCAUGUGUCAUUGAUGAUGAUCCUCGUCUGCCAAAGAUAAAAAUCUCAGGAGAGCUGCCAUACUUUGGGGUCAGCAUGUCACAGCAACGAUUCCUAGACAUGGUGGAUCUGCUAAUGAGUAUUCCGUUGCCUCAAGAUGAGGAAACAGUACCAAAACUCCCUGAGAAAGGAAGUCUGUACCAAUCAACGGCAUCUCUGGCAGCCAAGUUCCUCGAUGCUGAGAAAGUGAGAGGCAAAAAGAAACUGGAACAAUCUGGCGAGAUAACAGAGGAAAUCCAGCAAUUUACAAAUUUGAUCGUGAAUUUCAUCAUCAACGAGAUAUCAAUUGUGCUUUUUGAGAAUCACCAUGAGAGCUCUAUGUCCACACCGAGCAAUUAUGAAACACCGACAGCUGAUGAGUUCACAUCUGUGCUGUCCACGCCGGUGAGAUCACCUGGUGAGAAGAGAAAGAUCAUCUCAUUCAAGGUGAUGCACAUUGGUGCGUCUCUAUUGCAGAGAACAUACGAUAUGAAAGUAAAUCUGCGUCUUGGUGGCAUUGCUCUGGUGCACUAUAUGUACAGUAGUAAUGUGGAGAGAGAGAUUGAUGUUAUUUCAACACCAGGAUUUAUUAAUGGUUCUGAAUAUCUCCUCACCAUUGAUUAUCUCAAUGUGAACAAAGAAUCUCCGGAAUUUGUGACGAAAUACUCGUCUGUUGAGCAAUUGAUUGAGAUCAAGUUCUCAAUGUUGAUUCUUCUGCUUCACCAGGAGGGAAUUAUUGACUUCCUGGGCUUGGUUGAUGAGUUGAAGAGGAAAUUAUUGGCUAUAACAGCGUCCAAGAGUGAAGCAGCAGAGGAAUUGAGAAAAGUCGACAGGAUAGCUUCUGCUGGUAGUCCAUUGAGGCUUGAGAGUGGUCUUCCGACGAUCUUUGAGGAAGAAGGUGGCAAACAAGUGGAGCAGACCAAGAAGAGACGGCAGAAAGUUGUGGAUAGUAUCAAAGUGAAAGUGGUGGCAAAUCUGGAGAGUGUCACUGUGAAGAUUGAGAGUGAGAAAAGGCCGAUAACAACGCUACAGAUUGAAAAUCUGAGUGCCAGCACAAUAAUCAAAUCGUCAUACACGGAAUUAUGUGUGAAAUUGAAGAACAUUGCCAUAACGGACAAGAAUCCUGCAUCAAUCCAUACAACAAUUCUCUCAGUGAUGGGAGAUGAUGCCAUAAAUUGUCGUGUCGUGUUGUUCAAUCUCGAUGAAACCAGCAACUACAACUCUGAUGACAUCAAAAUUGAGGUCUCAAUGGGAGGAAUGAAAGUGGUGUUCCUGAACUGGUACAUUCAGUCCGUUCUUAACUUCCUGGACAACUUCCAGGCAGCACAAGAGAAGAUUGCCGAAGCCGGAGCGGCAGCAGCUGAUGCAGCGAAACAGAAUGUCGUUGAUGCAUAUUCAAAAGCAACGAGAAUGAAUCUAAACGUGAGAGUGAAGGCACCUAUUAUUAUCCUUCCUGAAGAUUCUCAAUCAGUGAAGGCUCUGUGUCUUGAUCUUGGAUAUCUUAUCGUGACGAAUAACUGUUACGAGUUGCCGGCUGUGAAUGAGGAGAACACCAAAGCCGUGAUUGAUGAUAUGAAGCUGGAUCUGAAGGACUUGAAGGUGUCGAAAGUGAAUUUGUAUCAGGAUAACAACUUUGAGGCUUCCCAUGGAGAAAUAUCCUUUACUUCUGCUGACACGGAGGGCGCUAUUCUUACGCCAGCAACUUUUUCACUCAAUAUCAUAAGGAAUCUGUCGGCGAGUUGGUACAAAGAGAAACCAGAAAUUGAAAUAUCUGGUAAGAUGAACUCAAUCGUAAUCAAUUUGGAUGCGAACGAUUACAGACUCGUGAUGGAUAUCCUGGGAAAGAAUAUGCAAGAGGGUGAAUUGGAGCGCAAAGCUCCACCUUCGAAGGUUGAGCCAGUGAGUAAGGAUGUGACUCAUGAAGUGAAGGUGCAUCAGGAAUUGGUGAAGACACCACAGCCCAGUGAGAGUUGCAGUGAUCAGACAUUUGAUGAGGCGAAGAGCAAGAUAACAACAUUCCUCAAGUUCGCCUUUCAAAUGGAUAGCUUGAUCAUCAAUCUUUCAACGGAUGGAGACAAAGGAUUGGCUUCUUUCGGCAUUUAUGUUCUCUCGGUGAAAGGGAACAAAUUGGCUGAUGGAUCGUUGAAUACUUCAGUGGUUCUCUGCGAUAUCCAAUGGGAUGACAUUCGCCCACAGAGAGAGAACAUGAUCACUCGCUUCAUGGGCAGGAAAACUGGAGGAGAUGAAAGUAAUGAAAAGUCCAUGAUUGACAUCACAGCCAGCAUCAAAGACAACUCAAUCUUUGCUGAAUUGAGAAUUCGUGGCUUUGAUCUUAUCAUCUCAAUGGACUACAUUAUGAAGUUGAUGAAUUUCUUGAAUGCACCCAACAAUUCUGGCAAUGAGAAGGCUGCUCCGGAUCCUAAGAAGUUAGAAAUGCAAACACCUAAAACUCCCAAAGACACCCAAGUUGUUCCACCAACACCGGCGAAUCAGAACAGCAAGAUCACCGUGAACUUUGCCAUUGAACAACCUGAUAUUAUUCUUGUUGAGAAGAUGGAUGAUAUUAACUGCCACGCGUUGAUUCUGAAUUGCGAGGCUGGGCUGAAAUUCCGUCAGCAUGGCGAGAAGCAAGUGAUCAGAGGUGAUAUCAACAACUUCAACAUUCACAUGUGUGAGUUUAAUCCAUCGCGACGAGCAUUAACUCGCUAUUACGUCCUGAAGCCGGUGAAUAUCAGUCUUUCGGGAUCAACUCCGGACACUGAAGGACUCCAUGUGGCUCUCACUGUGUCCAGCAUUGAGAUUUGCAUCUCCCCUGGCACCAUUCAGCUGGUCAAUCGUAUUCUAGUGACGAUGAAUGAGCAGGAAAAGUCGGCUGGGUGUCAGGAGGUGGCUGAGAAGAAUUACUCCGAUCUGUGGGAUGUAAAGAACUUCACAGAAUCUGAAUUUUGGUACACUCAAAUUGAAGAAGCGACUGAGGCAAUUGAGAGUCCCACUGAGGAUUACGCUCCAAUUGUGAAUCCAAAGAAUGAAGUCUGCACUAUUGAAGUGCCGUCGUUCAUUAUUAAAGUGGAAUCUGGCUUUGGAUACUACACAAUUCCAAUGCUGCGAAUUGAUAGCAAUGUGUUCAUGAAAGUAUGCAACUGGAGUUCAGAUUUAUCGGCUGAAGGAACUCUACAGCUGGGCAUGUCUUACUACAAUAGUAGUUUAGCUCUGUGGGAGCCUCUGAUUGAACCGAAUGAACGUGAGCUGCCUAAUGGAUUGAUAGAGUCUGGAUCGUGGGAGUUGCAGUUUAGUGCUAAAAUGUGUCAAGAAAGACAGGAGAGUUUCGAUGAGACUCUGGAAGAGAGGCAGCCAUUAACGAAGAUUUGCGUGAAUGCAACGGAAACUCUGGAAUUAACUGUAACGAAGACAUGUUUGGAGGUUUUGCAGAACUUAGGCAAGGGCUUUAGUGAGGCUAUAAACUCCCAAUUGACCUCCAUUCAGCAAACAGCGCCAUAUGUUAUCCAGAACGAUACAGGAUUUGAUAUAACAUUUAAUCUUCAGCGAGGAGGAUUCAAUCUCCAUUCUUCUCAUCUACCUCAGUCUCUAGAGAAGAAUGGCGAUGACUUGGCUGUUCGAGGAAUAGUUUUCCAUACCAACAACAAGGAUGAAUCCAAUGUUAGUCCAGAAAAUGUGACAACUUGCAAGUUAUCGCCGGGAGCUUGUGUGUAUUUGCAGUUGAAGAACGAAAUGACUGAAGACUCUGUGGAUUCGAUCAUACAGAAGGAGAAGUAUCUCCAUGUGAGGAUUGGUGACAUCGACAAGGAGCUCAUUCUGCCGGUGUACAAGGCUGACAAGAGAUACUUCCCGCUCUACAGGGACACGAACAGUGAGCCUUGGGGGAUUAUAUCGAACAUCAAAGUGGAGUAUGGAAGCACCAUUGUGACCAUCCAUGGGGUUGUUCAGAUUCACAAUCACUUCUCAGCUGUUAUGAGUCUCUUCAGGCGAGUCAAUGGCUCAUUUCAUCUAGUUGGCGAAAUACCACCUAACAAGGUGUUCAAUGUUCCUCUCCAUGCUAUUUAUGCGAACAACAAGGAGUUGCACUUCUCGCUGCCAAACUACAAACCGUCGAUACAGGGCAUCAACUGGAAGGAUUCACCCAGUGACUUUGAGUACCGCAAGACACUUCAGUGCGAUCCAGAGGUGAACUACGAGCCCUUCUACAUAAAUGCUGUGCGAACGCGCAAGGAUGUUUACUAUGAAGUAACUUCAAAGAUCACAAUGCUGAGUGUUUGUUACAUCAUACAUCUGCGUCCACCUGUCCUCCUGAGGAACACACUUCCAAUUCCCGUCAUAAUAUCAGUGGCUGGAUGUAGUGUUGUGCGCGAUCAAGCAAUUGUUGUUCCGCGAGAUGAAACAAAGGAGGAGAAUAUGAGUCUUUCAGUGUCUCAGAAGGAGUGUGAAGACUUCUUGGACUAUGGGGAGAAGGUUGUUCAGCCAGGAGAGAUGAUUCAUUUGCCAACAAUUCAAUUGGCAGCAGCACAUGGAGAGUCGUACAGCAACAUUGUCGUGAGAAUUAGCCAAUAUCUUGACAAAGAUUGGUCAUGCACAACUGAAAUUCCUGCCAAUCCACCGGAAUUUGCUGUCUGGACAUUCAGAGCAUUUGAUUCUGCUGUGGAAAUGUCCUUUGAAUUGGGUGUUCACUUCCAAAAUCGCGAGGGAAGUCUUCAUCUCUCGAUUUACUGCCCAUUCUGGAUGGUCAACAAGACGGGAUUGAUGCUGAGCUACAGGAAAUCCCGAAAAACCGAAAGAAAUGAAUUGUCUGGUAGUCCUUCGUCAAAGGGCGUUGAUGAAUCCAUCAACAUUUUGUACCAUCCUCCAGAGUACAACGGACCGAUUCUCUUCUCUUUCCGCGAGAAGGUGUUCUUUGGGAAGAAUCGUGCCUCGAUCAGGAUUGAUACUGGCGACUGGAGUGACAAAUUCCCUCUUGAUGUGGCCGGAUCUAGUGGUGUUGUGCAAUGUCGAGCAAAAGAUACGACAUAUCAGAUUGCCGUGCACAAUGCCUUGACGAAGUACUCUCUAACGAAACAAAUCACCUUCUUGCCAAACUUCAUUCUGGUGAACAAGGCGCCAGUGGAUGUUGAGGUGCAGGAGGAGAAUCGUCCUGGAGAUCAUUGGCUGCGAGUGUCGUCACAGGAGUGCAUUCCACUUUGGCCGAAAGUGGAAUCCAAUCCAAUGUUGAGGAUUCGAGUUGAGGGCAUUGUGACACCUCCGUUUCGCUACACCGAAGUUCAGUGUUCACUGCUGAAGUUGCAGAACAACAAGUAUGGUGGGAUUUAUGUGGACGUGAGUGUGACUGAAGGUGGAACCUUCGUGCAAUUCACUGAAUACUUCCCUGGAAAUGCUCCGGCUUUAAUUGUGAAUCACACGGACGCGGUGAUGAGUUUCUGGGAGAAAGGAAAUGUGAAUGAGAGGGUGUUGAAGCCCAAUGAAAAGACGCUCUACACAUGGGCAGAUCCAGCAAGUGAGAGGAUAAUCUAUUGGAACAAUGGAGCAAAGGAUAAAAUUGAGAAUGAUCUGCAGAGAGAUGGAGUGGGAUCAUUUGUUAGCAGUGAGGAUAGUUCAAAAGUUUACUGGUGGGUGUCCUUCCUGGAUGGCGUGCAGCGAACUCUGCUCUUCACGAAGAGCGAAGCGAUUGCCAAUGAGACUCAAUCUGAUCAUCGCAUGGAUAAGAUUAAUCAGGAGAUUGAGCUGAAUAUUCACGGCAUUGGAUUGUCGAUAGUGAACAAUAUGAAGUCAACAGAUGUGAUUUACAUUGGAAUCGCCAGUUCGGGUGUGAUUUGGGAGGAGUGGAAGAAGUCUCACUUUAAGCAGAUGAAGAUUAAAUUCAACACUCUGGUGGAGGAGAAAUAUCAGGAAUUCCUCCGAGAUCAGGUUGUUGGGGAGACAAGGAAAAAGUACUUCGUCGAGGGUGAGAAAACUGAGGUGAACUUCAAUGAGAUGAAGAUACAAAAGUCCAACUUGAGAGCCAUUCGAAGGGUUUUCUAUCCUGGUUUGUGGUUCAACAUGAAAACCUCACCGUUCCAGACACAAAUGCACGCGAAAAUCAACAGGAUUCAAAUUGACAAUCAAACUCCUGACUGUAUCUUCCCAGUGAUCUUGGCUCCAGUGCCACCGCCAAAGAGUGUCGCCGCCACGCAUGAGUUAAAACCGUUUGUAGAGGCGUCGAUUGUUGAACGUGUGAUUCCCUUCUCGACAGUGAAGCAAUUUAAGUACUGGAAGAUUCUGAUGCAAGAAUUCCACGUGAGGAUAGAUCUGGGUGUGAUUAAUGAAGUGUUUGACAUGAUCACAACUGAGGAUUCUGAAGAGGAGGUGGUGAAGAUAUUUGCUCAGGAGUUGGCGAGACUCAAGGAGCCACUAUCUUCCUUUGUUGAUGUCCAGUCAUCGCAGGAGCAGAAGAAUUUCUAUGAUCAACUGCAUUUGGGACCGCUGAAGGUGCACGUUUCAUUUUCCAUGUCCGGCUCGGACACGAGGAAUAUGCCAGGAAUUCUCUCGACUUUGCUGCAAAGUGUUGGCGUCACUCUCACGGAUGUGAAUGAUGUGGUGUUCCGCCUGGCAUUCUUCGAUCGGGAGUAUGUCUUCCUCACACAGAAGCAGCUCAUGUCAGAGUGUAUGGCUCACUAUACGGGCCAAGCUGUGAAGCAACUCUACGUUCUCGUCCUGGGCUUGGAUGUCAUCGGGAAUCCCUUCGGUUUGGUGGUUGGCAUCAAGAAGGGUGUGGAGGAUCUUUUCUAUGAACCCUUCCAGGGUCUCAUUCAAGGUCCUGGUGAGUUCGCCCAAGGCUUAGUGCUCGGUGUACGGAGUCUCUUCGGCCACACUGUGGGAGGCGCGGCUGGAGCGGUGUCUAAGAUUACUGGAGCUGUGGGAAAAGGCUUAGCAGCGCUGACCUUCGACAAGGAGUACCAGAAGAAGAGGAGAAAUCAGAUCAACAGAAAGCCGGCCAAUCUGCAGGAGGGUUUGGCGAGGAGCGGCAAAGGUCUAGUGAUGGGUGUUGUAGAUGGAGUGACUGGUGUGUUCUCCAAGCCUAUCAGUGGAGCUCGAUCGGACGGCGUUGAGGGCUUCUUCAAGGGCCUGGGCAAGGGUGCAGUCGGCUUAGUGACGAGACCAACAGCUGGAGUUGUUGAUUUCGCCAGUGGGAGUUUCGAGGCGGUCAAGAGGGCGACUGAAAUGUCUGAGGAUGUGACAAGACUUCGUCCUCCACGAUUCUUGAAAGCAGAUGCAGUUGUUCAGCCGUACAGCCGAAGGACAGCUGAAGGAAAUAAGCUUCUGAAGGAGAUUGAUAAGGGAAAGUAUGCAGACACCGAUUCCUUUGUCCACAGCGAGACAAUCAUCGAUCAGAAAGAUGUGUUUGUCGUCUCUGAUCAGCGUGUUUUGUAUUGUGUACGCAAUGAUUUAUUUGGCGGAUGGCAAAUUGAGUGGACUCAUCGUUGGGAGGAGAUUUCGUCUGUUCAGUCGACACCGCAAGGAGUGGAGUUGCGCCUCGUGAAGGAGCAGAAGAAGGGCUUCAGUGGGCUGUUUGGUGGAUCAGAGCACCAUAGGAAAAUCCUCAUAAUCCCACGGGUGGCCAGAAGGGAGCAACUUGUGACCAUAAUGAGGGAUAUCAAGGAGCAGAAGAAGUAAUCCACGCCAUCGCUUAUCUAUUCACGCUAUUCCACUAGUCAAGGAAUUUAAUGGGCUUCAGGAUUAAUGAGAUUCCUCAUAUCUUACGUAAAUCUUCUAAAUAGUCUUUCUCGUGCUACGUCUUGCAUUUUUCUAUACACGUUUUCCACUAUUGAAACCCCAAAAGAUAUACAUAUAUACUAUAAAUGGGAGGAAUAACAUUUUGUACACUUUCUCAAAUACUAGGAGUUCUUGUAAAGUGAGUUACUGUGAGCUGAGUGUAUUAAUAAAGCCUUUAUUUUA